GUUCAGUCUCCGAUGGGCGAAGCGCAGCCACUGCUCGCGCCGUCGCCGCUCAGCGAUGGGCCGCCGGCGCCGAGGAGCUGCCUCUCAUCGAUGCUCUUCACGUGGAUGAACCCGCUCCUGGAGCUCGGCAACGAGCGCCCGCUCGAAAUGGACGACCUCUACCAGCUCGCGCCCGCGCUGCGCGCCGACGUGGCAUCGGCGCGCUUCCAAGCCUGCUGGGACAUCGAGCGGCAGCGACCGCACCCCAGCCUCGCCCGCGCGCUCGCCCGCGCAUUCGGUCGGCGGUUUGUUGCCGCGGGCGUUCUCCGGCUCAUCCGCGAUGUGCUCCAGUUUGUCGGGCCAUUCGUGAUCCACCGCGUGAUCGCGUACCUCUGCAACCCGCUGGCGCCCGAGUCGGACGGCCUUAUUUGCGUCGCUGCCAUCUUUAUCGCAGGCAACCUCCAGGCGUUCUGCUUCCGCAACUACAUGUACUACGUCUUCGAGACAGGCCUCCUCGUGCGCAGCGCGGUCGUCGCUGCCGUGUACCAGAAAGCACUUCGCCUCUCGUCACUGCGGUCGUCCGGUGAGAUCACGAACCUCGUGGCCAUUGACGCGACGCGGCUCCAAGACUUGCUCUCGGACCUCCACGCGAUUUGGUAUGGCCCGUGCCUCAUCGCGGCAGCCUGCACGCUGCUCUACUAUCAGGUCGGACCCGCGUGCUUUGGCGCCCUCGGGGUGAUUCUGCUCGCGAUUCCACUCUCGCUACUCAUCUCGCGGCGCAUGCGUACUUUGCAAAAGGCGCUCAUGGCCGUCAAGGACGACCGCAUCAAGGUUUGCUACGAGGUGCUCACUGGCAUCAAAGUCAUCAAGCUGCAAACGUGGGAGCACGAGUUCGUCAAGCGCGUCCAGAGCUUCCGCGACGACGAGCUCCGAAAGCUCAAGGCGUACAUCCUCACGCGCGCAUCGUCCAACUCGAUCUUCAACGGUGCGCCCGCGCUCAUCACGGUUGCGCUCUUUGCUACGUACGUCGUGGGGUACCACGAGGUCCUCGACGUGCAAACCUCGAUCACGUGUCUCGCGUUGCUGGCGAUCAUGCGGUACCCGCUCUUUGUCCUCCCGAGCGUCGUGAACGCUAUCGUCGAGGCGUCCGUGAGCCUCACGCGCCUCGAAGCGUGCCUGCUCGACGCCGAGCGAAUGCCGGUCGGCAGCGGCGACUUGAAGCAUACCGGUAUCUCGCUUCAGGAGGCCACGUUUGGAUGGACCGCGCCGGCGCUCGGACCCCUCACGCUCCGAAUCCACGACCAUGGGCUUGUCGCCGUCGUCGGGCCCGUCGGCAGUGGCAAAUCGACGCUUCUCUCCGGCUUGCUCGGCGACGCACACUGCCUCUCGGGGUCCGUUGCCCUGCGCGGCAAUAUCGCGUACGUGGCCCAGCAGCCGUUCAUCCAAAAUGCCACGGUCCGCGACAACAUCUGUUUCGGUCUACCGUACGAGUUUGGCCGGUACAUGGCCGCGAUCCGCGUCGCGUGCCUUGACGACGACCUCCGCGCGCUGCCGGGGCACGACCUCACGGAGAUCGGCGAGAAAGGCAUCAACCUCAGCGGCGGGCAAAAGACGCGGGUCGCCCUCGCGCGCGCCGUGUACCAAGACGCCGACGUCUACCUCCUCGACGACGUCCUCGCCGCCGUUGACGCCCACGUCGGUGCCGCGAUCUAUGAAUCGUGCAUCCGCGGUACGCUCGGCAAGAAGCUCGUGGUGCUGGUGACCAACGCGCUCCAGUUCCUUCCAACGUGCGACCAGAUCGUGGUGCUACACGCGGGUCGGGUGGCCCAAGUCGGCGCGUACGACGCACUGCUUUCGGCACCAGCGAGCGCGCUCCAGGCUCUUGUGUCGAGUUAUACACCGCCGUCGGUGCAGGACGCAUCGACGGACGACGUGAUUUCUGACGACGAGUUUGGGACGACACCGGGGCACCAGUUGCAGCGCGUGCCAUCGAGCGACGUAGCCGAGAAGGCCCGGCACCUCAUGGUGGACGAGGACCGGUCGACGGGCGACGUCGCGUGGCGCGUCUACGGUGUCUGGGUGCGCGCGUGCGGCGGUGUCUGUAUCCUUAGCAGCAUCCUCUGCGUCUUCUUUCUCGCCCAAGGUACGAACGUGGUCGCGACGUUCUGGCUACAAACCUGGGCAGCCAACGACGCUCAGUCGUCGACCAACGACCGCAGACUGUACCUCUACCUCUUUGUGGGGCUCAACCUCGGCUACGUCGCCUUGAUCUUUCUCCGCGUCUUGCUCUUGUACAUUGUGGGUCUCCGGGGCAGCAGUGCACUCUUCACCUCGAUGCUCUACCAAGUGCUUCGCGCCCCCAUGGCGUUCUUCGAUACGACACCACUUGGACGCAUUGUGAACCGGCUCUCGAAAGACGUGUAUGCUGCCGACGAAGACAUUCCCGCGACCGUCGGCAACGUCCUCAUCACGCUCUGCAGCGUCACUGCGACGCUGGCGACGAUCGUGUACGUCACGCCAGCGUUCGCCCUCGGCCUGCUGCCCCUUGGUGUCGGCUAUAUCGCGUCGCAGCGCUACUUUAUCAAGACGUCGCGGGAGCUCCAGCGCCUCGAGUCGAUCUCGCGCUCACCGCUCUACGCGCUCAUGGCCGAGACGCUCGACGGCCUCCCGACGAUCCGAGCGUACGGCGUCCAGUCGACGUUUGUGCGGCGCAUGACACACUUGCUCGACCGGAACCAGCGCGCGUACUUUCUCAACUUUUCGGCCAACUGCUGGCUCGGGCUCCGGCUCGAGUUUGCCGGCUCGAUGAUUGCAUCGAUCGCGACGCUCUGCGCCGUCGCCGCGCACUCCCCGACGUCCACCGCGUUCGCCGGGCCCGCUGGCGUCGCGCUCUCGUAUGCGUUUAGCGUCACGCCGUCGCUCAACAUGUCGGUGCGCUACUUGAGCCAGCUUCAGACGCAAAUGGUGUCGAUCGAGCGGUUGCACGCGUACGCGACGAUGCCGACCGAGCCGCCGCUGCGUCUGCCGUCGUCGUCGCCGACAACGUCGACGCGUGGCGAGAUUGUCUUUGAGAACGUCGAUUUGCGCUACCGCGCUGGCUUGCCCCGCGUGCUCCGGCAGCUCUCGGCGCGAAUCCGCCCCAAGGAAAAGAUCGGCGUCGUCGGGCGCACGGGCGCCGGCAAGUCGAGCCUCGUCGUUGCGCUCAUGCGGCUCGUCGAGCUCCAGGGUGGGGCCAUCUACAUUGACGGCGUCAACACGGCGAGUCUCGGGCUCCACGACCUGCGGUCGCAAAUCUCCAUCAUUCCGCAAGACCCCGUGCUCUUCUCCGGCACAGUUCGCUUCAACUUGGACCCGUUCCAGCAAUAUGCCGACGACGCAGUGUGGGCUGCCGUCAAGCGCGCGCAGCUGGGCAGCGUCACGGCCCUCGAUGCGCUCGUGGACGAACGCGGUUGCAACUUUAGUGUUGGCGAACGGCAACUGCUCUGCAUUGCGCGAGCACUCCUCAAGCAGUCGCGCAUCAUCUUGAUGGACGAAGCGACCGCGUCCAUCGACCCGAGCACGGACAAGAGCAUCCAGCGCGCGAUCCGCGACGUCUUUGUCGACUGCACGUGCCUCACGAUCGCCCACCGGCUCAACACGAUCAUGGACGCGGACCGGAUUUUGGUGCUGGACCACGGCGCGGCCGUUGAAUUCGACACGCCGUCGGCGCUGCUCACGAUCAAGCAUGGCAUCUUUGCGUCGCUCGUGGCCAAAGCAGCGCGCUAGCUGCCGACGAACCUCAACAAUCAAAGUCGCAGGAUAUCCGUUCUUACAGGUUUGGAACAACACCUGCGACACGCGGUAGACCGAUUGCACUAUAUAAAGCCAUGGGAUAUCCAGUAUGAGAGGUUUUAUGCGGGAGACCCACUCUCGGU